AUGAAUGAGAAACAAAAAAAUAAACUCCCGGUAUUCUGUUCGAGAUUGUUUGAAGCAAAAGUAGAGAGAGGAAUUACAUUUGCACAACUUGGCGAGAAAAUUGGGAGAGAUGAAGUAUGGGUAGCUGCAGUAUUUUAUGGUCAGGCGAAACCGAAUCACGAAGAAAUCACAAAACUGGCUGAUGCGUUGGGGACAAAUCUAAGUAAUUUAAGUGAUUUCAAUGAUAAGUCGUUUUUUCCUGAUAAAGGAGGACUUGUAGAGGUUCCGCCCACUGAUCCGUUGAUUUACCGAUUUUAUGAGAUAAUUCAGGUUUAUGGGUAUCCGUUAAAAGCUGUAAUUCAUGAGAAGUUUGGAGAUGGCAUAAUGUCAGCUAUUGAUUUCACCGCACGAGUUGAUAAGGUUGUAAAAGACGGUGGCGAGAGAGUCAAAGUCACAUUUGAAGGGAAAUUUUUGCCAUAUAAAAAAUGGUGA